UAUGACACAUCAAUUAAAAUUGACACAACACAAAAAAAUUUUAGGUUAGAUUUAUUAAUUUAUAGAAAUGAAUAAUUACGUUAAAGGUAAAAAUUGCGAACAGCCGCUAUUAAAAGAAAAAAUACCCAUUUCAAAUUUACCGAGUGAUUUUCUUUGGAUGCAGGUUAGGGGAGGAAGCAAAAUAAGAAAUUUGUUAACAACGGCUUUAAAAGAAUUUCCAGAGAAAAAAUCGGUUGUUUGGACGGGAUUUGGGGCUUCUGUGGGUAAAACAAUAACAUGUGCCGAAAUUAUGAAAAGAGAAUAUAAACACACUUUGCAUCAAAUUACAAAAAUAAGUUUCAAAUUAAUCGAAGAAUAUUGGGAUCCUAUUAUUCCGGAAUUAGACCAACUAGUUGUUAAACGCCAAAUACCUAUGAUAAAUAUUUUAUUGUCAUUAGAUCCUUUGGAUGAAAAAGAAUUAGGAUAUCAAAGCCCAGGAAAAACAUUACAAUAUUUACCAGACACAAGAAAGCAGAAAAGGAAUCAAAAAAAUUUCAAAGGAGGCAAUAAAAACAAUAAAUUUAAAAGUAAAGAAGAAAAAAUAAAUAAGAACCAAACUCAAAGGUGACAUAUCAUAUUGUGGAUACGUUCUUAAAACCACUUUAAUCUAAAAUUUAAUUAUCUUAUAAAAUUACUAAUUAAAAGUUCAGCUAGAUAAAAAAAAAUCUGAAA